AGGGUGUAUUUAAACCCGCGCUGCUUCGCUCGGCUUGGGCGGUCGUCGUCCCUGCAAACCUCGCCACGGUGGCCUGGGAAGGGGUCGUAGGGCUAAAAACUGCCGGAAAAGGUGGGUUUGGGCGGCGCGGCUGAGCCGGGGCGCGGUGUUGCCUCCGCCGCGCGCCGCCCUGACCGCGUCCUGCUGCAGAGAUGCCCGACGGGUUUUGGUACGAGCGGGGAAGACGAUGAAAUUCAUCCUUUUGUUGUUGUUGUCGUUGUAGCUGGUAGAGCGUUCAGGUUUUUAUCGAGCUCUCUGGAUGUCGUAAUCCUCAGGGAUGGGAGGAAGGAGUGGGGGGGGUUGCUUCGUGCUCCGCCAGGUUCCUGGGGAAUCUGGUUCCUCCAGAUCCUCUCCUGACCGAGGAUGGCUUCAGUGUUUGUUCGGGCCGAUCGCCGAACCCAAAUCACACCAAAAGCGGAGGUGGGCAUCGCCUCACGUGGCUAAUGAUCCUCGCGGCAGCUUCCCACCGCCUGCCUCGGCUUCUCCGGCAUCCGGAGCGGCGGCAUUACCCCGUGAUUCAGGGAAGGCAGAAGCGCCCAGAACGUGACCGUCGAUGAAAUCAUGACCGCCUACAAGCAAGCCUGCCAGAAGCUGAAUUGCAAGCAGAUACCCAAACUACUGAAGCAGAUACAGGAAUUUAAAGAUCUGGCUCCUAGGAUAGACUGCUUAGAUCUGAAAGGGGAGAAGCUGGAUUACAAAGCCUGCGAGGCGCUGGAAGAAAUUUUCAAGAGGGUCCAGUUCAAAAUCGUUGAUUUGGAGCAAACGAGCUUGGAUGAAGACGGCGCCUCGGCGUUAUUUGACAUGAUCGAGUAUUACGAGUCGGCGACGCACCUCAACAUCUCCUUCAACAAACACAUCGGCACCCGAGGCUGGCAGGCAGCUGCCCACAUGAUGAGGAAGACAAACUGCCUGCAGUACCUGGACGCCCGAAACACGCCCUUGCUGGACCACUCGGCCCCUUUCGUGGCCCGCGCCCUGCGCAUCAGCAGCAGCCUGGUGGUCCUGCACUUGGAGAACGCCAGCCUCUCCGGACGCCCGCUCAUGCUGCUGGCCACGGCUCUGAAGAUGAACAUGAACCUACGGGAGCUGUACCUGGCCGACAACAAGCUGAACGGGCUGCAGGACUCGGCUCAGCUCGGCAACCUGCUCAAGUUCAACUGCUACAUACAGAUCCUCGACCUGCGGAACAACCACGUCCUGGACUCAGGCCUGGCAUACAUCUGCGAAGGGCUGAAGGAGCAGCGGAAAGGCCUGGUCACUCUGGUGCUGUGGAACAACCAGCUGACUCACACCGGCAUGGCCUAUCUGGGAAUGACGCUGCCUCACACGCAGAGCCUGGAGACCCUGAACCUGGGCCACAACCCCAUCGGGAACGAAGGCGUCCGCAACCUGAAGAACGGGCUGAUCGGGAACCGCUCCGUCCUCCGCCUGGGCUUGGCGUCCACCAAACUGACCUGCGAAGGCGCCGUGGCGGGGGGGGGAAUCAUCAUCACCGUGACCGAGCCUCUGGAGGAGGAGCUGGCGGAGGACGGCCAAGCCGGCAGCGCUCUGGAAGAGGGGGAAGAAGCCGGGGAGACCCCGACGGCCUCGGAGAACGGCAACGCGGAGCCGGCGGAGGACGCCGACAGAGGCGACGUGAGCGACUCCGAUUCGGACACUCGGGGCCCUGCUCCGUUGCGCAUCCCUUGGGAUGGCAGAAAAAAAACCCAAAACCGCCCCGUUACCGCGUCCCCGCUCGGAAAAUAA